AUGGCUUCCAACACCACCACAAGCGAUAGCCCUGAGGCGACAGCUUCGACUACAGGACCCCAAGUCCUUAAUAGUCAAACUAACCACGCUCAGCAAGUUUCUGCAACUCAUCAGAAUCCCCAUGUUACUCAGGCUCAUCAGUCUCAAGAACAUCCUCCCGCUCCCUCGGAACUCACUGAUCAUGCCGGUGAACUCGUCGCUGACAUCCCCAACCAACAGUACAAUGCUCAGAAUCUCAUCGCCGGCUAUACUAGCAUGCAGGCAGCUGCCAAUUUCUCCUUGCCCCAGCAGACUCCCCAUCAGGAUAUCAUGCAGCAGUCUACCAACCCGAACUUCGUUCAGCAUACAUAUGCAUACCCCUCUCAGCAGGCUCUCCAGUAUGCUUCUCAUGCUGGCCAACAGCAGUAUCCUCAGAUGGGACAGCAAUUUCCAACUCAGUCGGCAUUUCCCUUCAACCCGCAGUUCGGGAACCCCUAUCUCUCUCAGCAAAACUUCCAGCAGAGUUCACAACUUCAGGCUCAUCCGCACCAAUAUGCUGCCAUUCAAGACCCACGAGCCGGAGUACCGCCUCAGCCACAGUCUACUCAGGGUGUGCCCCUCAACACUCCUGGAGGUGGAAGUUCCUUAUUCAUGCAGCAACCUCAGCAGCCUGGACUUCCCGCCCAGCAGGUAGCUCCAGCAGCCUCAUCGCAUCCGAUUUGUCAUGAAGUCGGUUUCAAGAAUCUCCUUGAAGAUCAGGAUGUCGUUGAAACCCGAGCGGCUGAUGAGUGCGUUUCUGGACACAACCAGCUCGUCAUCAAAGAGAAGAUGUGGCUGCACGAUCUUAUCAAGCUGUACGAAUACGUACAGCGGAAGGGUGAUGUCUAUCUCCCGGCCGAUGAGACCUACAAGCACUUCUGGAUUGCUGUCUUUAAGGACUGGGAUUCCAAGAUGCCAGUUUCCGAGAGUGACCCUCUGCCUCCGCGUGACAAGCCAAAGAUUCACAAUGGACGCCGAAGCACCAAGGUUCGCAAGGGUAACGCGAUUCCUAUCUAUCUUUCACUCGACCUUGACGCAGAUGGCAUUACCUGGCUUUAUAAAGACAAGGCUGGACAAAGAGUCUUGAAAUCUCAGGUAAAGCUCUUAAUCGGGCUAUCUGAAGCCCAGGCCAAGCACAAUUUCUUGACCCAUUUCGACAUUUCUGAGAAGAACAAAGUCUGCAGUCAUAAUCUGCAGCUCAUCGUUGAGGCUGCUCGACGUCGAAUUCAGAAGUGGGCCAUUGCAGGUGCUGGAGCCCCUAUUCAGCUUGGGGUUGAGUGCCGGGCCCCCAAUCUACUUAGACUGGUUCUCGCGUCCGAACACUUUAGACAUCAGCAUAUGAAGAACUGUGCUAUCGCUGAUCUCGAGGCCCUGCGACCUAAGGCGGGCUAUGGAGAUCGAAAGGUUUGA